UUGAGCGUGCAAGUUUGGGCAACCAGACACCCUUGCCAAUUAUACAGAAAGGCCAACAAAUAUAUCAAAUCAAAACAGAGAAAAAGAUUAAAAAUAUAAGAACAAAAACCCAAUAUGGCAGCCUGUCAAGCCUGAAAAAUUCGGAAAACAUAAGAGAAACGAUUUUGUAUUUUUGGCCAAUUCGUAACGUUUUUUCGGUCCCUCAGCUGUGUGUUACAUAAAUCUCGGCGAAUGUGUGCGUGUGCGUGAGAGAGUGCCCAUGUGUGUGUGUGCGACUAACAGCAACAGCAGCUAAGAAAAAUUAUAAAAAUCAGCUAAAAAAAAUAUAGAAAGCUACUCCCCGCUUUAGAUCUAUCGUUUGUGUGCUUAGUCAAUUGGGCUCAAACCCAAAAGCUGUUUCGGUGUCAAUUACUAGAAAGUUACUACCUACAAAUAUUACGCAUACGAGGCGGUGUACGCAGAAGAACCACUUAGAACUCAGCUAAACAACCGACAACAACCAGUCGAAGCAAUGUUCGUUGCCCAUCAGAUACCCAAUAUCUAAUCCACUUAUAAAAGAUAUAAAUAUAAAGAUAAUGCUAUUAACACGAGUUUAUAGCGCACACAACUAAUCUGAAACCAACUCGAACACGCCACAAAGACCCCAAGUACUCGAACCAGAAACAAAUUGCAGCACUAAACCAAUACGAACAAGAAUACAAAUGCAAACAGAAACACAGAACCACACUGAACCAAUAUCAAACAGCAUAUGCAUAUUGCUAAUUAAAUAAUUAAAUUAUGAAUAGCUAAAGCUAAUUAAGCAACAAUGCCCGAACAGCAGACACCCAACUAGCCCAUACCCAGUCCAGUAUAUCUACUCUAAUCGUCCGCCUGUAGCUACAUAGAUACAACUGCUAACUGCUAUUUACGCAACAUUUAGGAGUAAAGACAGCCAAGUCACAACACUGAAUAGAACAUAUUAAACAAACACUAGAGGAGAACAGCAAAUACAGAAUAUUAACUACCAAAUACCUAUAUCAAAUAUAGAUUGCCUUGCUCCCCGUAUAAAUGUCUAACUAAAUGUACUGUUUGAUCGUUCCAACCCGUAAUGAAAGUAAUGAACUACCACUCCUCCUGUUUGUGUGCCUUCGAAUGUGCAGCGAAUGCAGCUCCUGCCUCGGCUGAACACGCUAUGCCCAGUAUCUGCUAUGCCACCUAUAGCUAACCCGGCUGCAGCUCCCAAGCUCCGGAUACUGAGUCUACCACCCAACUAGCCAACUAACCAACUAUCCAGACACAUGUAAAUACAGACUCUCUCUACCUACCCGAACAGUCAGAGAUCAGUUUUCAGUUCCUGAUUUUGUAAGCCAUUGGAUAACCCGACACCGAUACCGAUACCGAUACCGACUACACUCACACAAUCCGUGUCCAGAUUCCUGAAAUCCCGCGGAAAGGCGACGCCACACGAUCUGAAAUCCAACUUUUACACACCGUUAAUACUUUUGGCUCUAUGUGCAAUUUAAACCUCAAUAAACUCACCACCUAAGCAACAAAGUUAAACUAAAACCAAGAUAUCAAAGCAAGUUCAACUCGCUCGCUCGUUUUCUUCAUCUAAAACCAAAUCAAAACCAAAGCAAAAAAGACAAAGCCUCAGAUAAUUGGCUCCAAUUGAACUAAUUGUUUUAUGCUUCUAAUUGUUUUAUGCGAAAUUUCUAUCGAUAACUAACCGCCAAACCAAACCGCUUAAAAUCGAAAUUGCAAUCGAUCCGAAAUGUCUCGCGAAAACUCGCCUCGCCACGGCUCCUUCCGCCGCACUCUGAACAGCAGAGAUCCUUCGUCAGGGGCGCCGGGUUCUGGAACCGGAUCGGGGCCGGGAUCGCCACAUCAUCAGCAGUCGAACCACCAGUACUAUCACCACCACCAGCCGCCGAUCAUGGAGCACGCCGGCGCGCCGAUCUCCACGUCCGCCUCGAACAUAGCCACUGUGAUGGAGGACGGCGAGAACGCCCAUCUGCCGCCCCUAACGGGAUCGGGGCCUAGUCGCCAGCGAUCCCUGCGCGAUCGACUUAAGGACGGCAUCACCGGCAGCUUCUCCUGGCAGUAAGUCCCACCACGCUCCCUCUUUUCGAUGCUUCUUCCACCACUUUUGUUCCAAAUUAUUACCACUCUUUUCCAACACCCAGAUUUUGAGAUUCCUUUCCUUUUCCGUAGAUUUUAUUUAUGUUUUUCAGUAGCCCAAUCUCCACUGUAUGUUAAAGCUUUUCUUUCUAGACUUCGAUUUAGUUAGUACCAACACUUAAAAGCACAGCGUUGUAAGUAAAGUAUGGACUCUUUCGAGAGCGGAAGCUAAAACAAAAAGAUCAACUAGAUUGCACAGAGCACCCCUUGUAUAAAAACAUAAACUAAAAAUCCAACCUUAAUUUAACUCAGUUUUAGGCUUAGAAUUGGUUUACAUGUGGUAAGUGCUGGUUGCAGUUGAUAUUUAGAAUUAAGAAAGUGGGAGACGGGAGAGAAUCUUACCACCUAAAUAAUCACAAUAAUCAAACAGGUCUAGAUCAUUUGCUAAAUGUAUUUUAUUCCAACCAUUAGCUACUGCAACUUGAUCCUUUCCGUGCCAUGGAAUAUUCUUAUUAUAUCAUUUACUCCCUUAGACUUAUUCCUGUUUUUAUGGGUGAUUGACACUUGGGGAUGUGACAUAAAAUAGGAAGCGAAAGCUACAGCCUGACUUUACAAAAUAAAAACUACAAGAAAACAAAAAAAAACAAAAGCAAUUCCUCAAUUUGAGGAGGCAAAGUGAAUCACUGGUCAUAAAUCAAUUAAAUUUGACGUUUUUAUUUGCCGAGUCUCCUUAGUCUUGCCAAAGGGAACACGCGCGCAAACAAUCACCCUAAGAGGCUCAAAACAUUGCAUAAUUAAAAUAAAAAUAAAUAUAAAUAUAAGCACUAAGGGAAACGGCAGAGAAAUCGAGAGGAGGUUACUCCGUGACGGACUCAAAGGGUGACAUAAGCGAAGUCAACGCACUUCACUGCCCAAUCGAGGUGGGAAAAACAGGGAAAGGUGACGGCGCGUGGAAAAGCGACUCCCCAAACAGGAAAUACACAUUACCACCUUGUUAAUAUAUUAGUACUUAUUACAAUAUUGUGUUAUCUUUUGAUGAUUCGGCUAAGCCUUAAGUGAUAAACAAAAUGAAUAGUAGGAAAUAAUCUUUGUCACCAAACAGCUCAGGCUGCAAAGCUUAUUCAGAGCAUAUCAUCAUUAAAAACUAAACUUUUCAUUAAGGAACAUGAGAAUUUUAUCAAAUAUUCAAAAAAAAUAGUUUAACAUCCUUCAUAGCCUGCACGAUGGGCAACUCAACCUUCAACAAAGUUUUUAGGGUAUUAAAAAUGAUUUCCCAAAAUAUUUCCGCAAGUCAAAACAGCGAGGAACAAAGAAGAAACUUGCAAUUUAUUUGCAAAACAAUUGAAGCACGUGCGACGAGCAUUGAGGUCAUCAUAAAUGC